GGGGUUUUAAAUGUUUGGAACUUGAUUGUAAUAAUUCCUUUCAGCAAGGAAAAUUUUUAAUCAAUCAUUUGGAAAAUGUUCAUAAUUUAAAGUUUGAAAGUCAAACAAUUAAUUUUACAAAUAUGGAUGCUCGUGAUGGAAAGCAAGUAUUAAAUAAGCAAUACAAGCAUAAAAAUCAUGAUUAUUUCUGUACCGAACAACAAUUAUCUUUACCCAAGAACCGACGUGACAUGUCAGGAGCUAUGUUUAUAUAUAAGAUCCUACAUGGAUUUAUUGAUUGUCCAAACCUGUUAAGCCAGAUUAACUUUAAUGUUCCCCAUCAAGCUCUACAGUACCACAAUGUUUUCAAUAUUCCUUUCCACAGAACAACCUAUGAUCAUGGGAAGAAGUUAACACGUGAAGAACGAUUACAGAAGAAACGUGAAGCGGAGAAAUUACGAUAUCAAAAGAUUAAAAAUGAUCCAGAAAAAUAUGAAUUGCAAAAGCAAAAAGAAAAGCAAAAAUAUUUAAAUAAGAAGGAGAAAGGACUUAUAAAGACUGUCGAUCAAAUGACUCCUAGAGAGCAACGUAAGGCACAGAAGAUAUGGAGAAAGAAAGCCAGUGAGCGAAGGCAACGACUUGUGCUUCAAAAUAUAACUAAUCAUUCGGUAACGCCAUCGAUGUCAGAUGUUAAUGAUCAAAGUUUUAAUUCCCAUAAAAGGGUUGUAGCUGCCAAACAUAAAUCAGACCGAGCCAGAAGACAAAGAUAUUUAGAUAAUAAGAAAAAAGAUGAGACCAUAAAUAAACUUAAAACUAGAUUAGCAUGUUACAGAAAAAGAUUACAAAGAUUACGAAAGCCUGAAAAACUAACACCUAACAGCAAAGUAGAACAGAUGUUGAAUUCUCCAAGUUCCAGAGACACAGUGAAGAAAAAUUUAUUGUUUGCAGAAGUGCUCAAUCAACAAUUAAAAGAAAAUUAUUCUUCUCUUCCAAGUAAUAAAGAAAAAAGAAUUUUCAAAAGAAUGAUAAGUGGAAAACUGGUGAGAAAAUACGGCAUACUACAAAAUGAAAAAAAUAUGAAACCUUUAAGAAAAAUUGGAUACGUACAACUACUGGAAAAUAAAAGGAAAGCCAAAACAAAUUGUGAAAUUAUCAAGAGAAAAAUUAUAAAUUUUCUCCAAGAUGAUUCGAAUACGAGGUUGUGUGCCGGCAAAAGAAAUUAUUUGACGAAGAAAGGAGAUCGUAAACAAAAGAGAGUUCUCGUGGAUACUCUAAGAAAUCUCCACAUAUCUUUCAUGAAAAACUGCAACAUUAAAAUAUCCUAUUCUCGAUUCUGUCGCCUUAAGCCAUUUUGGAUAAUACAACCGAAUUGCGACAAACGUGACUUGAAGUGGGAAUCUGUCUCCACCAAUAUAACUGAUCCAAAAUCACAUAAGGAAAGAAAAGUGACUAAAUAUUUGAAAAAAUCUCUACAGAUUUGUCCUCGUGAUUUGGUUAUGCAAUUAGAAUAUAAUUUGGACAAUUUUUUUCAACACGAACUGAACAUAGUCCACCAGCACUCUGGUCUUAGGAUUAAAAAAACAAAUUUAACUGUAAAAGAAGCUGUGUUUCAUAUGGACUUUAGUGAAAACUAUUUAACUAAAUACGCAGAAGAGAUUCAGGCAUUCCAUUUUGGAGGUUCGCGUCAACAGAUAAGUCUGCACACGGUCGUCAGCUACACAAAAGAAGAAGCAUCAGGUGAAUUAAAAACUACUUGCUAUUGUUCGUUGUCACAAAAUUUGUUACAUUCACCUCUAGCUAUAUGGGCACACUUACAGCUCAUUUUGAACAUCCUGCCACCCGCAGUAGAGAUUCUCCAUUUCUGGAGCGAUGGACCCGUGACACAAUACCGCAACAAAUACAUGUUUUACUUUCUUGUCACCCAUUUAACAGAAUUCUACCCAAACCUUACACACUUUACGUGGAACUACCAUGAAGCUGGACACGGUAAGGGGGCUCCUGAUGGAGUCGGAGCUGUUUGCAAGAGAUUUGCAGACAGAUUAGUGGCUAGUGGUCAAGAUAUUGCAUCUCUGAGCAAUUUGUCAAAUGCUAUUCAGAAAAACUAUCCUAGCAUCAACGUUUUUGUUAUUGACGACGAAAGUAUCCUUGAGAAAGAAGCUUUGAUUGCUAGUUGUAAAGAACAAAUAAAGAGUUUCCCCGGUACAUUGCGUGUCCAUCAAGUGUCAUGGAGCAUAGAAGAUCCAAAAAAUUUGAAAAUGAAGUCUUUAUGCUGCUUUUGCAAUGGAAAUUGUGAUCAUUUCAAAAUUGGUGUCAUAAUAUACUCCGAUAAUAAAAAGGCUCCUCUCCGAGUCGAGGAUGUUUAUGGACCGAAUUCGGAGUCCGAGAACGAGAAUCCAUAUGAUAGUGAACAACUCACUACACCAAAAGAUGGCAAGCACCAAAAAGAUAAUGAUCAACAACCAUCAACAUCCAAAAAAACAUUUAAAAACGGUGAUUUUAUUCUUGUCAAACUAUUCUCUAAAAAACAGAGUACCGUUACGUGGCUCUGUGUACGGGUUUGGAAGAAGAUGACGAAAUACAGGUAG